ACCUCCACCAUGGGAGUCAUAAUGUUCGAUCUUCUCACAGAUUUCUUGAAUUCGUUCGAAUAGACUAUUUCCACAUAGACAUCUCCUUUCAGCACCGCAUCAUUUCUGCAUAUCGCAUUUCUUACCACCAUGUCCAUGUCCACAAACAAGCAGAAGAUGCUCGCAGGCGAGCUCUACCACGCCUUCACCCCCGAACUCAGCGCCGCCCGCGCCCGCUGCCGCGACGCCUGCAUGCGCUACAACAACGCCAGCGAGUCCCUCACGCGACGAGAGCGCGUCAGGCUGUUCCGGGACGUAAUCCAAGACGACACCCCCUUGCCCCCCGAAGCUGCCACCCCAGAGGAAGACGAGAGCCUAUUCGCAGAUGAGCCGCACGUACUUGCGCCCCUGGCCAUGGACUACGGUUUCAACGUGCGCUUCGGCAAAAAUGUGUUCGUGAAUUUCAACUCUGUCUUUCUGGAUACGUGUCUUACGACCAUCGGGUCACGCACGCUUGUGGGGCCUAAUGUGUCGUUUUUCUCUGCUACGCAUCCUCUGGAUCCCGUCUUGAGGAAUGGCUUGAAGGGCCCGGAGAUGGGGAAGGAGAUUCAUGUCGGGGAGGAUUGCUGGAUUGGUGGCAAUGGGCAGUGUGGUGGGUGCGGGGAGUGUGGUUACGAAGGAUGUGCCUCCUUUUACGGUCGUGGCGGGGAAUCCCGCUAG